CCGGCCGGGCCGCGGUGGAGGAGGUGGCGGCAGCAGCGGCUACCGCCGCCCCCGGUGCUGCCGGCGGAGGCGGCGGCUCGGACUCCUCGUCUGCCGGCGCCGAAGCCGCCACGGCGUUUCCCUCAGCCAGCGCCAUCUUAGCCGGGCUGUGGAGUGGCGCCAGUGCGCAUGCGCCGCGGCCGGCCUGUCAAUCGAAGCGCCCAUUUCCCGCUCUUUGCGCUCGGGCGCCACGCCCCCUCUGGCGCGCCACGUGCUUCUGGAGGACGAUGACUUGGUAUCACGUGUUCAGAGGCGGCUAAGUUACCACGUGGCAAACCUCUAGACCGGAUUCCAGUUGUCGGGGAACUGGCUCCUUGCUGAGUUAACCCAUUGGAAUGAUAAUAAUAAUAAUAAUAAUAAUAAUAAAUAAUAAAAUUUAUUUAUACCCCGCCCUCCCCAGCCAAGACCGGGCUCAGGGUGGCUAACAACCAAUAAUAAAACAAGUUGAUUAAAAUACAAUUUAAAAAACAAGAUUAAAAUGCAACAUUAAAACAUUAGGAUGCAGCCUCUUCACAGGAGGAGAAAGGAAAAAGAAAGGGGGAGGGAAUCAAACUGAUUCUAAGCCAAAGGCCAGGCGGAACAAAACUGUCUUACAGGCCCUGCGGAAAGAAGUCAGAUCCCGUAGGGCCCUGGUCUCACGGAGCCAGUGUUGAAAAGGCCCUGGCUCUGGUUGAGGCUAAUCUGACUUCCUUAGGGCCCAGGACCUCUAGGGUGUUGCUAUUUAUGGACCUUAAGGUCCUCCAUGGGGCAUACCAGGAUAGGUGGUCCCAUAGGUAACCAAAGAAGGGUGGGGAGGGGAAAAAUAUUUAUUUUGAAAUACAGAGUUUUGGUUGCCCCGUAUUUAUGUAAUGAGAAGCAAGAAAAUAGCCAACCAUACACAUUAUUGAGGACAACAGUUCCUUUCCAGAAUAUCCAGGAAAGAAGUGUGUUGUAUAAAGACAGAUAACCAACUAAAUAUUAUUUGAUAUAUGAUGCUCCCCUACAUUUUUAAAAAAUAACAAGUAUAGAACUUUGAGCAUUCAAAUGGCUUUCUGAACAUUUUGUUGUAAUCUUUACAAAAAACCAUGUAAGGUAAAGGGACCCCUGACCAUUAGGUCCAGUCGUGGCCGACUCUGGGGUUGCGGCGCUCAUCUCACUUUAUUGGCCGAGGAAGCCGGCGUUUGUCCGCAGACAGGUUCCGGGUCAUGGGGCCAUCAUGACUAAGCCGCUUCUGGCAAACCAGAGCAGCGCACGGAAACACCGUUUACCUUCCUGCCGGAGCGGUACCUAUUUAUCUACUUGCACUUUGACGUGCUUUCGAACUGCUAGGUGGGCAGGAGCAGGGACUGAGCAAUGGGCGCUCACCCCGUUGCAGGGAUUCGAACCGCCGACCUUCUGAUCGGCAAGGCCUAGGCUCUUUGGUUUAACCCACAGCGCCACCCGCAUCCCUUGUAAGCUAGGGCGCUGCUAAUAAACGGUACAUAAAUCCUUACUUCUUGUAAUCACCACCAUUUACCCAACAUUCCAUGGUGCGCAUAUAUAUGUGUGUGUGUGUGUGUAUACCGGUUUAGAACAAAUUGAGGUAGAGAUUAUCUCCUUUUACUUGAUCAUGUUUAAUAUUUAGAAGUACAUAGGAAGCUGCCAAAUUCCAAGUCGGGCGCUUCACUGGUCCAGCUCACAUUAUGGCAAUGCCUCUCCAGAGUUUCCGGUGGCAUCUUAGAAGGUAGCAGGACUCAAAACUGGAACCUUUUGCAUGGCUUUCUGACAGUUACGGCUUACCCCACUGCAUAUUACCCAGACCUUAUUUGAUUUACACUGGUAUUUAAAAAAUAUACCGCUGCAGAAGCUGAUAGAAGGGAGAAGGGUAACCAGUAUCAAGUCAAAUCGCUGGUCCAUCUAGCUCAAUAUCAACUAUGCCAACUGGCAGUAACUUUAAAGACUGUUCCUAUCUGGAGAUGCCGGGAAUUGAAUCAAGGACCUUGGGCUUGCAAAAGUCUCCCAUUGAACUCUGGAACUUUCCAUAAAAAUUAAUGGAUCCUGAAUAACGGGCUGAAUUAAAUAGGAACUUAUAGAACCCAAAUAAAUAAAGGGCUUAAAACAUAGGAGGACUGUGGUGAGUCAACGUAAGCAUGGCAGCUAAACAGAACAGUGAUAAGACAUGGCAUAAUGCUUUAAGUUAGUAUUUUAGUAUUUAACUUUAAUGAAGUACAUAUGUGGGUUGUGGGGACUUGCUGACAACUGGUAUCCUGUGAUUUGUUGGAACUACAGUCAAGGUUUCCUUUCCAGUUUUUUGAAUAUGUGGGCAAGACCAGAAAUUGUGCACAAGAUCUGCUUCUGAGUGCAUAAGGGAGGUCUACACUGAGAGCUUGCUUGGUAAAUCUGAGCCUUUGAAGUAGUACAAUAUGACCCUGGGCUCCUCCACACUGGUGUGUUAUUGUGUGUGUAUCCUACCAACAUGCUCUUGACACAGUAACAGUGGUGGAUUUAUUCUGCUUUAUUAGUUCUGUGAUGCUUCUCCAAUGCUGUCCUGUCCAGAGGGCAACAAAAACGGGACAAAAAGAACAUUUGUGCAGUUAGAGGAUUUCACGGGAAUGUAUGCACAUUAGGAAUAAAGCAAUGUGGCCACCUCAAAACUUCUGCAAGCGCACAAACAGUACUGAAAGUGGGGUUGGCUGUGUGUCGUGUGACUACCUUGAGCACAAAUCAUUGUGAAUGUGCAGUGGAACAGAUGCUGGGAAGGGCCCUCCUUUGUUUCUUCUGCAAGCAGACGUAGCUCUAUUCUUGCUUAUUCCAAAUCUAGACUUGGAUUAAUACGUCACAGGACAUGUCACUUUCUAUUAAGCUAAAAGGGGAUCAGAUAACAACCGUGCUCUGGUGUGAUCCUCCGUGGAGAUUAUCAGGGAGCGAAAGAGAGAGUCUUUUCCUUGCAUUCCUUCUACCUCUCCGGACAGGUUCUAAUCAGCAGGGAGAUAUGAUUCCUCCAGGACAAAAGGUGCCUCAAUGAUGCCCCAUGGGCUCCAGGAUCCUGCCCUUGACGCGGCGCUCUCUGGUUCAUGACGGAUCCUGGUGAAGCUCUGAAAGCUAAGGCACCAUGUGGGAGCAGUUGAAGAAAGCACUCUUUUGCCCGUUCUCCAUCAGCCUUGUGGGGCUCCGGAAGUGGAUCCGGGCCUUCUGGAGCAAAAAUGGCCUCUUGACGCUUUCCAUGCUUUCUGUGAUGACUGGAUGCCUUGUGGGGUUUCUGCUGAGGACACUGGAAUUGUCUGAUUUGGUAAGUGACUGGUUUUUAUGGAACAGCAACAGGGGAGGCCUUUCUGAAACAAGACAUGCAAUAGGCAGAGACUGGAUUUCUGCGACAGAGGCCAUAGCUAGCUUGGAAAUAGCAUACUCCGGCAUGACCCCAACUUGGUGGGGGUCAGCUGUGUUUACUCCAGUAUAGUGCAUAUGCUCAGGCGCGCUUAACAUCCCACGCAGAUACUGCAGGAAGCUUCUUUCUGGAGAAAGGAACUGAGCAGUGGGAUUUUGUUACCCCACAAGCAGCCAGUUUCAAAUCUGAGUGGCCCUGGAAGAAUGGAGAGUGUGUGUUUUGGUUGUUGCUUUGUUUAGUGAGGCGAUUGAGUUUGGGAUUCUUCACUUCUUUUCUGGCAGAAGGAUUGGUAUCUAGAGAGGCAGAGUUUCUGCAGGUGAAGCUUUUUGCUGCCAUGUUGAUCCAUGGAUUAAAGGUGGAGGAGCAAUUCUAUUCUAUUUGCAGUUUAAUGAGAAACUGUUAUCCACUUCUUGAACUAAUACAGAAACACAGCUGUCCUUCGAAACUCACACCUCUCUGACUUUUGCAGUGCAGUGUUCCAGUCAAGUAAUGUAUACAAAAAUACAUGUUUUGAUGAGGGUAACAUACAAAAAGGCAUUAUAUUAGAGUGAAUUGCUUCCCAAAAUGUGCUUAUUAAGAGAAAUCUGUACCAAAAUGUUGGUACCUUACUUGGCUGGAAAACUCAGAAGUGUGAAUUUCGCAGGACAGCUGUCUUUCAGAUCGCAUAUUGUUUCAGAAAGCUUGAAUUAGCUAUGUUCGCCUUUAAAUGUGAUUCAAAUCAAACUCAUCCUUCAUCCCCAAGGACGGGGGUUCCUUAUUUCAGAGGUUGUGGCUACCUGAAAACUCAGAAGGAAUCACCAGAGAAUAAGCUGCUACUCCUUCCCCACCCGCCUUGGCCAGCUUCUCUUUCGACAUGUCCUUGUGCCAUCUCUGACAGGGUUUAGAGAAGCCAUUUCAGUUACGGGUGCUUGGUGUCAUAGCUCAAAGUGCCGAGCUAAGCUGGUUACUUAACUGCAGCAAGACUCUUCUCUCCUUCCCCGUUGUUGUGGCUACGAUUCCCACUGAACGCAGUGCUGAAUUGAAUAAAUUGACAUUGGAAAAGUAUUGGUGCCAGGGACAGAUCUGCUAUGAAACUAAUGAAGUUUAACCUUCAGGGCCCCUAAUCUCAGAGGGGCCCCAGAAGUAACAGUCUACAUUGAUUUAAAAAUUUGGGUCUAGUAGACCCAAUUUGAGUCACACGACUCAAAAUUGAUUAUUUUUUUGUUUAUGUUUCAACAAUCCCAAAGUGUUGAGCGUCAGCAGCACAAAUGUUGUAAAGGUGGAGUGUCACAGUACAGCAAUUUUAAGCCAAAUCUUAGCUUAAAUAAAAAAUAUGGUGAUCUGUCAUGGAACAACCCCAUUGGGGAAGAUAACAGUGGUUACCCAGACCUCGUUGCUGGUUGCAAUGCCCCGCCCCAACAGUUCAAGCUUCAGGGUCCAAAAAUGUAUGUCUGGCACUGAUACCUUCACCUCUUAAGCCAGGGGUGGUAAACCAGUGAUCCUCCAGGUGUUGGACUAGAACCCCGUCCCUGACCAUAGGCCAUGCUGGCUGUUGGUGCUGAGGAGAGUCCAACAAUGUCUGGAGGGCCAAACGUUCCUCAGCCCGUUCUUAAGCCUACCUGCCCAGGGUUGCAGCCAGUGGACCCACUGAAAAAGAUGAACAAGACUAAACAGGUCCAGUAGUUUUCAUAGGUCUACUCUGAGCAGAGUAGAGCUCGAGUCAACCCCUUCUUCCUAAUUCUAUAAACUCUCCUAGGGAGCCGUUCGAAGAAUAAGCCUGCAAUCUUUACGUAGGCUUCCUACUGUUCUGUUGAGCUCUGUGGGACACCCUCCUCAGAAAGUGAGCAUACAUUUGGGCCGUGAAAUACUCCUCUCCAUUUUCAAGCUUGGUAGCAAAAGAUCAACUCUUGUUUCCUCUCCUUUUUGGCACUCAGAAUGGGGCCUUCCCAAUAGUUGCUUCCCCUGGCCACAUGCACACCACGCAUUUAAAGCACACGCCUUCCCCCAAAGAAUCCUGGCAAUAACAUAGGAACACAGGAAGCUGCCUUAUACUGGAUCAGACCAUAAGUCCAUCUGGCACAUGGUUGUCUAUUCUGACUUUGCAGGGUUUCUCUCCAGGGUUUCAGGUAAAGGGCAUUCACAUCCCUACCAGGAGAUGCUGGGAUCUGAACCAGGGAUAUCAAAAAUAAGAAUAAGAAUUUAUUAUUUAUAUCCCACCCAUCUGGCUGGGUUUCCCCAGCCACUCUGGGAUGCUCCCAACAGAAUAUUAAAAACACAAUAAAAAAUCAAACAUUAAAAACUUCCCUAAACAGGGCUGCCUUCAGGUGUCUUCUAAAAGUCAGAUAGUUUAUUUCCUUGACAUCUGAUAGGAGGGUGUUCCACAGGGAGGGCACCACGACCGAGAAGGCCCUCUGCCCGGUUCCCUGUAACCUCACUUCUCGCAGGGAGGGAACUGCCAGAAGGCCCUCAGCGCUGGACCUCAGCGUCCAGGCUGAAUGAUGGGGGUGGCGAUUCUCCUUCAGGUAUACUGAGCCGAGGCUGUUUAGCGCUUUAAAAGUCAGCACCAACACUCAGAAUUGCGCUCCGAUUUGUACUGUGAGCCAAUGUAGGUCUUUCAGGACCGGUGUUAUAUGGUCUCAGCGGCCGCUCCCAGUCACUAGUCUAGCUGCCGCAUUCUGGAUUAAUUGUAGUUUCCGGGUCACCUUCAAAGGUAGCCCCACGUAGAGCGCAUUGCAGUAGUCCAAGCGGGAGAUAACUUGAGCAUGGACCACUCUGGUAUCCAGCAUACAAAGCAGAUGCUCUACUACCAAGCUACUGUCCUUCUCUAUGUGAGAGGGUGGGGUAACUGCACCCACCACCACAAAGCAGCCCUUGGAAAGCUGGCCACCUUUGCCCAAUGGAAACGUCUCCAUUCGUGAUUCUGGAUGUGAGGGCUAGGUCUGCACAAUCUUGUCACCAACGGGAGGUGUGGAGGGUGGCAACACGAGAAUGGGCCUUUUCAGUGGUGGCCGGGUGGGCGAGGUAUAAAUACUUAUUAUUAUUAUUAUUAUUAUUAUUAUUAUUAUUAGCUCUCUUGGGGAGGCUAGCCUGGUACCAUCGUUACAUAUCCUUAGCUGCCAGUUGAAAACAUCCAUCAGGCCUUUAGCUUUUAAUUAACUUUGGCCUUUUUGUGAGAGUGGGAUGUUUUAAUGUAGAUUUUUAGGUGUGCGGUUUUUUGGUUUGUUUUGCUGUCUUUAAUGCUUAAAAUAUUUUAAGUCGCUUUGAGUUCCUGUGGCAAAAAAAAGGACAUCAUCAUCACCAUCAUCAUACCCACAUGUAAAUUUAUAGGAGGGAAAAUGUGCUUAAAAAGAACACCAUUAAUUCCUUGCUAUUGAAUGAUGGCUGCUACUUGGUCGCAUCCACACCAGCACAUAGCUUCCCUCAAAGAAUCCUGGGAACUGUAUUUUACCCUUCGCAAAGCUUCAGUUCCCAGCCCCCUUAACUAACUACAGUUCCCAGAGUUCUUUGGGAGAAGCCACACACUUUAAAUGUAUGGCGUGAAUGUGAGAUUGUUUUCAACCUAGGUUCCAGCUGUGUGUGCGAUGACUUUCUCUUUUUGCUGCAAGUUCUGUGUUUCUCUGCUCCUCCCAAGUUCUCCUCUGUGGCCUAACGCUUUUGCCUUUCCCCCUCCCCUACAGGAGAAGCAGUAUUUCUCAUUCCCUGGAGAACUCCUGAUGAGGAUGUUGAAGAUGCUGAUAUUACCACUGAUCACCUCCAGGUGAGAGCAAGAAGGCCAGGAAGCGGCAGGUGGAGAGGGAGUCGCAAUAUUGUUUAGAACGGCUCCUUUGCGCCUGGAAGAGAAGAGUUUGCUUUCCUGGGGGUGCAGUUCAGACCUCCCUCCAGAGUUGCCAUGGGCAAUGUGCCAGGAGAGGUGCAAUUAGUUCUUCCAACAAAAGAAAUAGUAAGCUUUGUUUUUGAGCCACUCAAACCUCCCUCAACCCCAGGGAAGAAAACAUUCGAAUCUCAUGGGCCUCUGCAUUUAUUUACGCAUGGAAUCGUAGAGUCGCGAGGGGUCCCAAGGGUCAACUCACCCAAAUGCAUGCAAAUCAGGAAUUGGGGCCAGCCCAAGACAUUUUGCCACCUUAGGUGAAGCAGAAAACGAUGGCAGCAGGGUCAAGGAAAAGCAGACUUCAGGCAGAGGAAAGAACUGGGGCUGGCAGAGGCUGUCUUGAGAGGCUGAGAUGCAGGCCUCAAGCCAGUCACACAACUCGGAGGUUGGUAGCAAAGGCAAGGCAGACGAUAGGGAAGGCAUUCCCUGGGCAAAGGGUUGAGGAGCUGGCCAGGAUGCAGCCCAGUUUGGACACCACUUCCCUGCAUCCUCUUCCCCACAAGGAAUUAAAACCCACCGUCUCCAGCUGAAUAAUAAAGGAGUCUAAAGGUUGUGGGGAUCGAUUGGCAGAGAGCAGAGCAUCAGUUUGAGGGCAUUGACAAAGACACAUACUGAAAAAGAGCACUCAUCAAACAGGAAGGGCAACUCGAGGGGUGCAGUGGACCCCUUUUUUAAAUGCCUCAGGAUUUUGCCCAAGCUUGUAUUCUCCUGUUCCAGAGGGUGGGACCUGAACCAAUGGAGUCAAAUGACAGCAAAAGGAGAGUCUGACUAAAUAUUUAGGAAUAACUUUUUGACGGGAAGAGCUAUUCAACAGUGGAAUGGGUGACCUUGGAAGGUAAUCACCCGCCUCUGCACACCUUCCAGCUUGCCAAUAUCCUUAUACUGCAUGCCCAGAACUGGGCACAAGUACUCCAGGUGUGGUCUGACCAAGGCACAGUGUUAGAAACUGAGAUAUGAAAGCGAGGAGCUAAAUGGCACCUUUAACCUAGGUUAUGGGCGCAACAACAGAAUGUCUAGGCAUGCUUUUUUUUCUUUUUAACAACAAGAAUACAAAGCUGAAAAUGAAUGCACUGCAGCUAAAAUAUUAUGUUCAUUUUUCACAUGGUCUAGUCCUUCCCCUGCCCCCCCCCCAAUAUUCUUAAGACGGUCUCUUCUCCUGUUUUGAGAGAGUAGCUGAAAGUGGGGAGGCAGAAAAAGGUCCUCCUUUCCUUCCACUCUGCAGUUUUAAUCUGAAAUCUUAGGCGUAGUACUGCACCCAGAACUCAGAAACUGCUCGCACUAUUCAAAUUCCCUGUCGCAAAAUGCACCUAGAACAACAAUGGGAGUUUCGAACACUGCCAGGGCAGAAUAGAGCGGUCCUGUUGCUUCCCUUGAUCUGGACACCAAACUUCUGUUGAUGCAGACUAGGAUAGCAUUUGUUUUCUUUGCUGCUGCAUCACACUUCCUUUCAUUUUUCUACUACUGGCAGGAUGGUGUUAUAGCACCCUCAAGUGCAUCACCAGGGAUUUCAGGCCCAGUUCUGUGUGCUGGCUUGAACCUGCCUGAGAGCCAUAUACAUUAGAGACCCCUCCCCCCAUAUAACAAUGUGUGUUUGUGGCCAGCAGUCCACCAAGCGAAUAUGAUUGGUGUUUGCUCACAUUGCUGCCGUGUUAUUUUAUAAGUCCAUAAACAAAACUUAAUUAAUCAUGGGGGGUUUUAUGUUUCUUUUAUGUUGAAAUGAAUUUAAGUAUGUUAUACAAGUUAUGUAACUUACAUUAAACAAUGGACAGCAGAAUCAUGGACUUGUGGAGCUGGAAAGGACCCCAAGUGUCACUUCGUCCAACCCCCUGCAAUGUGUCAGGAGCUGGAGAAAGGAGUAAAAGGUAAAGGGGUAAAGGGAGAACUUCCUGACAGUAAGAGCUGUUCGACAGUGGAAUUUGCUGCCAAGGAGUGUGGUGGAGUCUCCUUCUUUUGAGGUCUUUAAGCAGAGGCUUGACAACCAUAUGUCAGGAGUGCUCUGAUGGUGUUUCCUGCUUGGCAGGGGGUUGGACGCGAUGGCCCUUGUGGUCUCUUCCAACUCUAGGAUUCUAUGAUUCUAUGACCCCUGACCAUUAGGUCCAGUCGCAGACGACUCUGGGGUUGCGGCGCUCAUCCCGCUUUAUUGGUCAAGGGAGCCGGCGUACAGCUUCCGGGUCAUGUGGCCAGCAUGACAGCCACUUCUAGCGCAGCGGACCACCAAAAUCAGAGCAGCGUACAGAAACGCUGUUUACCUUCCCGUCGGAGCGGUACCUAUUUAUCUACUUGCACUUUGACGUGCUUUCGAACUGCUAGGUUGGCAGGAGCAGGGACUGAGCAACGGGAGCUCACCCUGUCAUGGGGAUUCGAACCGCUGGCCUUCUGAUCAGCAAGCCCUAGGCUAUGGUUUAACCCACAGCGCCACCCGCAUCCCUGGAGAAAGGAGUAGGUCAGCAAUAAAACAGCUGGUGUUUACUCAAAGAAACCAAAGCAGCGCAGACCUAGUGAUCACAGCAACUCUUCCCAGUUGGUCUUGCCCCAAUGAGGCAGUUGUGAGGACUGAAUGCCCCCACCUUCCAACCACACUCUAAGACAGGCAUAGGCAAACUCGGCCCUCCAGAUGUUUUGGGACUACAACUCCCAUCGUCCCUCACCACUGGUCCUGUUAGCUAGGGAUGAUGGGAGAUGUAGUCCCAAAACACCUGGAGGGCUGAGUAUGCUAUGCCUACUCUAAGGCUCCUCCCCUGUUCCUUCCCCAGCAGCCUAAGGCUCUGACAUCUCUCUUUGCUCCACCCUCUUCAUACUGUACUUCUUUGGGUUCUGGGACGCCAGGGGGAGAGGAGCUGGUUGCAGCAGGAGGGGGGGACCCCCCUGGCUUCUUCAGCAUCCUGCCUCAUCUCUGUCUCCUGGUCCCGUCCUCUCCUGCCUCUGAGCCUGGACUGCUCUCUGCCAUAGCCUUUUCCUGCUCACUAAACGCUGCCACCUCUUUGGCUUCCGAUACCUCCUCCUCCCAGUCUUCUCCCUCUGACCGCUCACCGUUGUCCCACCACCACUCCGCGGGCUCUGAGCCAUCUUCCCCUGGCGGUUCCCCAGCUGGUGCCUCCCACCACUCCUUGCAUCCAGCCAGUCCACGACACAAUGCAGGAACCACAGCUAAAAAAUCCCUGGUAGUUGGCCAUCCAGUGAGACGAACAACAUAGAAUUUGAUAGAAACUGAACUGCAGCAGAAUGGAAGCCUUGCUGAUUCCGACAAACGAGAGGUCAGAACAGAAACCGCUGCCUUUUUAACAAUCCUGGUGUCGGAUCAUGCCCUUCUCUGCUUUCCAUAUGCGCAAUACUAACAUCGGCCGCUAGGCUUAGGGCCUUUGCAGCUAUGGCAGCUGGACAGGGGUGGCGUGUCCUGCUUUGCCACUUAAGGCGAAAUUGGCACAUGACUCCCCACCACUGAAGCCGCCUGUACGUGCGUUGAAAGGUGGCGCCCGCAAAGCGUUGACAACAGCACUGGCUUUUGGCAGCAUCUUGCUAGAUACUGGUGCCAGUGCCAGUGCCACUCCUCUGCUGCCUGUGGGGUGGGGUCCAUGGGAGUGCCACCCCAUGGACUCCCACUGUUUGCCUCAUGGGUGGGCUGGCCCUGCACCUGAGGCCCCCUGGAAUGGGGGAAUUCUCCCUGUUUGCAUUCUAGAAGGGUCAAAACCUCUCCUUUUUCGCCAGACGCUUUCUUAACUGGCUGAUAACAUUUCUUGGGUAGUUCUAUUCUGUUAUAUUGAUCUUAUAUAUUAUGGUAGUGUGAAUAGCUCCCUUUCUGAGAAAACCUCUCAGAGCCCAUUAAGUGCCUCUGCAAUCCCCUUGGGAGCUAAAUAUCUCCCAGGCUUGACCCUGGCUUAGGGAGCGUUGACUCAUUACAAAGGUCAGAGCUUUUGCUAUCCCCACUCUCUGCUUCAGUAAAUCUGGCUCCACGACAUCCCACUCUCCCUUGGUCAUUCAUCAGUCCUUGCAACUAGGAACAGUGAAUGAACUUUGUUUUGUUUUGUUUUGCAUUUUAAUGAGAAACUACCUAAUUCCCACCUAAUUCAAACCAAUAUGCAAACACAGAAACACCUUUGACCUUUGCGCUUCUCCAAGUUUCACAGUGCCGGUUCUAGAGCCAGUUUGUGCAGCAAUACACAUCAGAGGAUGGUGUACAUAGGAAGGCACUUUCCAGUGAAAGUAACGUGCAAAAAUGCCUUAUAUUGGUUGAAACUGCAUGCAAAACCGCAUUUAUUGGGAAUAACCUGCACUAAGAUGCUGACGAAUUUUCUUGAAUAUUUUUGUUAAAUGCAAAAAUUUCAGUUCAGUGUGGAAAACCGAAUGCAAGGCUAAUAAAAUGAGAAACUGAGAAAAGCAGAAUGGAUUCAUCCAUUUGCAACACACGUUCCUAGCUUUGUCUCUCCACUGCCUUCUUCUUAGUUGACUCUCCCACAUUUAUAUAGCACCUGGCUUGGUUGUGCUUCUGGUCUCUUGUCAUUUUCACCAGCCCCUGGAAUGCUUAGAUUGGGUUUCAGUGAAGCAACGUCACAGCCAAGUCCUUCAAAGUCUCCAUCCUCACACUUCUAUUUCUUUCUCUCUUUUGUUUCAAGCUGUUCUGGACACAUGCUUGAAAAGCAGAUGUGACAAAUAGACAGAUUAAUAGAUGUGGAAGAAUUGUCUGUUCUGCACCCUGCACCUGUAGAUGGAGGCAGGGGGUGUGAAGGGAGGAAGAGAGAGUCACAGGUUGUAGGUAGAUGGACUGCUGGAUCAGGACCUCGGGGUCCCUGCAGCUCAGCAUCCUGUCCCCCACAGUGGUCAACCAAGAUUCCUCCAGAAAGCUCAAAGCAGAACGCAAGCAUGUCCCUGCAUCCUCUCCCCUCAUCCAUGGUUGCUCCACAGCAAAUUGUAUUUAGGGUCAUAUUGCCUCUGAAUUUGAAUAUAUAUAUAUAUAUAUAUAUAUAUAUAUAUAUAUAUAUAUAAAUCAAUAUAUAUAAAGCAGCUUCUACCACCAGAAAGUUCAUCCUAAUGUUAAGCAUUUUAGUGCUAAUUUCUUCUAAUACAGCUGGGAUGUCCCUGGUCUAUCCUGGUUGAUCGCAGGAUCUUGAUGCCCUCCCCCCAAAACAAAACAAAAACCCUCAAGAACUUCAGCCUAACAAAACUUUGAUGAAGCUUUCUUAAAAAAAGCUAAACAACUCUAGUCAAUCCAAUGGGUAGAUCACUGCCAGUUUUUUUUAAUAGUGUGAGUAGAUCGCAGUCUCUUGGAAGUUGGACGUUCCUGUUCUAAUAUAAACAUUUCUGCAAAGCAAUUUACCCAGUAUGUUAUUUUUGCUAACUUAUGUCUUCUGAUGCAAACUUUAUUAUUAUCAUUUAUUAAAUUUGCAUACCACCCUUCAUCCUUAGAUCUCAGAGCAGUUUAAAUAUUAUUAUUAUUAAUAAUAAUAAUAAUAAUAAUAAUAAUUUAUUUGUGCCCCACCCAUCUGGCUGGGUUUCCCCUGUCACUCUGGGCAGCUCAAAAUAGAAUAUUAAAAACAUGAUAAGACAUCAGACAUUAAAAACUUCCCUAAACAGGGCUGCCUUCAGAUGUCUUCUAAAAGUCAGAUAGUUGUUUAUUCCCUUGACAUCUGAUGGGAGAGCGUUCCACAGGGCAGGCGCCACCACCGAGAAGGCCCUCUGCCUGGUUCCCUGUAACCUCACUUCUCGCAGGGAGGGAACCUCCAGAAGGCCCUUGGAGCUGGACCUCAGUGCCCGGGCUGGACGAUGGGGGUGGAGUUUAAUGCAUUAACUUUACCCUAGUUAUAUGUUGUUUUUUUGGUACACACAGCUUGGUGGGAAGAGCUGCACUGCCAAAUUUGAAGUGCAAAUUUUCCAGGAUGGCUGUGUGUUUUGGUUUGUGCAUUGUUUGGGGAAAUUGCAGAUUUGGUAGGUUUGCCUUUAAAUGCAGACUGAAUCCAGUUUCUCCCUCCAUUGCUAGAUGCAGGUGAGUCAAAUGUGCCAGGUAUCCAUUCAUGUGGAGGGUUGCGUUUCUUGUUUUCCAACCCCCACCUCUGCAUCUCUUCCUGCUUCCUUUAAUCAGCCGCCCUGUCCAUUUCCCCUUAAUGGGAUCCAUCACAUGGCCCAGAAACGUGCAGCUGGGAGCUUAGGCUAAAUUGCUGCAGAUUACCUGACAUGGCAGGGAUCUCACAUGUCGCCUGUCUUAGCUCCCAAAGCUGCCCGUCCAGUCUGGCUGCCGCCACACCAUUUUAGCAACUCGAGAGCGAGCUUUCGGAUCGUUCUGAAGAUCGCGGCAGGAAGCGCUGGGUUUUAAAAGGGGCACCUUGCAAGCCUGAGUGGCACAGAAAGGGCUGUAUUAGCUAGCACCCAUGCCAGAUAUCUGCAAAUCCGUGUUUGUGUUUCACUCCCGCCAGCUCAGCAUUUAGAGCCCUUGCAGCCGUUUGGUGAAGUUAUAAUUUUAAAAACAACAGCUUCCAAAGCCAGCACCCAAAAUUAUAGGUGCUAAUUGAAAAUGAGCUACUUAAAACAGUGUAAAUGCAUGCAUUUUAGGAGCUGGCCAGUCUCCAAAGAGAGAUGAGCUCCGAAGGGAAUCUGCUGCUGCGGAGAUCUGAGAUGUUGCUCUGCUGAUGGGAUGGCAGGGCAAGGUCCUGCUAUCGGAAAGCAGAUCUGGAAUCUUGUUGAAACCUCCACCGUUUACCAAAUGCUAUCUCAGUCAAAUGAUUUAAACACUCAGGAAACAUUACAGGGGAGUCCAAAUUCAUACUGUGUAUGGGACACGGGUGGCACUGUGGGUUAAACCACGGAGCCUAGGGCUUGCCAAUCAGAUGGUCGGUGGUUCGAAUCCCCACGACGGAGUGAGCUCCCAUUGCUCGGCCCCUGCUCCUGCCAACCUAGCAGUUCGAAAGCACAUCCAAGUGCAAGUAGAUAAAUAGGUACCGCUCCGGCGGGAAGGUAAACGGUGUUUCCAUGCGCUGCUCUGGUUCACCAGAGGCAGCUUAGUCAUGCUAGCCACAUGACCCAGAAGCUGUACACCAGCUCCCUCGGCCAAUAAAGCGAGAUGAGUGCCGCAACCCCAGAGUUGGCCAUGACUGGACCUAAUGGUCAGGGGUCCCGUUACCUUUACCUUAUGCUUACUACAGCAAUGCUCAUAUUUGAGGACUUUGCCUAGCUGGGAUAGCUCAGUUGGUAAGCAUGAGACUCUUAAUCUCUAGGUCAUGGGUUCAAGCCCCACGUUGGGAAAAAGAUUCCUGCAUUGCGGGGGGUUGGGCUGGUUGAUCCUAGCGGUCCCUUCCAACUCCACAAUUCUAUGAUUCUAAGAUGAGAAAAAGCCCGACUCACUGGUUGAACAAUUGUUCGCAAUAUGGGGGAAAAGGAGCAUUUUAUUGUAUAGAUUAGAGCCACACCUGUAACAUAUGCCUGUUGACUGCUGUGGGGAACAGGAAGCUGGACUGGAGUGACCCUGAUGAUCCAACAUGGCUCCUCUUAGGGUCUUACGAUGCAGUCCGUCCAUCCACCUACCUGCCACCUGUGACUCCCUCUCCCUUCACACCCCUGCAUCUGUUUACAGGUGGAACCUCUUCUGCAUCCUCUUAUUCAUGGGUAGGCAAACUAAGGCCUGGGGGGCCGGAUCUGGCCCAAUCACCUUCUAAAUCCGGCCCGCAGACAGUCCAGGAAUCGGCGUGUUUUUACAUGAGUAGAAUGUGCCCUUUGAUUUAAAAUGCAUCUCUGGGUUAUUUGCGGGGCCUGCCUGGUGUUUUUACAUGAGUAGAAUGUGCGCUUUUAUUUAAAAUGCAUCUCUGGGUUAUUUGCGGGGCCUGCCUGGUGUUUUUACAUGAGUAGAAUGUGUGCUUUUAUUGAAAAUGCAUCUCUGGGUUAUUUGUGGGGCCUGCCUGGUGUUUUUACAUGAGUAGAAUGUGUGCUUUUAUUGAAAAUGCAUCUCUGGGUUAUUUGCGGGGCCUGCCUGGUGUUUUUACAUGAGUAGAAUGUGUGCUUUUAUUGAAAAUGCAUCUCUGGGUUAUUUGCGGGGCCUGCCUGGUGUUUUUACAUGAGUAGAAUGUGUGCUUUUAUUUAAAAUGCAUCUCUGGGUUAUUUGCGGGGCCUGCCUGGUGUUUUUACAUGAGUAGAAUGUGCGCUUUUAUUUAAAAUGCAUCUCUGGGUUAUUUGCGGGGCCUGCCUGGUGUUUUUACAUGAGUAGAGUGUGUGUUUUUAUUUAAAAGGCAUCUCUGGGUUAUUUGUGGGGCAAAGGAAUUCAUUCAUUCAUUUUUUCUCAAAAUAUAGUCUGGCCCCCCACAAGGUCUGAGGGCCCCCUGCUGAAAAUGUUUGCUGACCCCUGCUCUUAUUUAGCUGUCUGCUUCUUAGAAUCGCAGAAAUGUAAUGUUGGAAGCAUCCGGGGUGUGUGUGUCACCCAGUCUAACCCCCUGCAAUGCAGGAAUCGCAGCUAAGUCUUUGUAAUGAUGUACACAGUUAACCAGAUCGCCACUAUCCUCCUUCUCUCCCUUCAGCUUGAUGUCUGGCUUGGCCACCAUGGACUCCAAAGCCUGUGGAAGGAUGGGGAUCAUCACCAUCACCUAUUACCUCUGGACCACCUUCCUGGCAGUUACCACCGGGAUCAUCUUAGUCAUCAGCAUCCACCCAGGGGCCGCUGCCCAAAAGGAGGAGUACACCGUCGGCAAAGUGGUGCUCAGUUCCGCGGAUGCUUUGCUGGACCUCAUCAGGUACUGUCUGCUUCUCUGCAUGUUUCUCAAAAGCUCGCGGUGCGUUUGAAUCGUUUAAAAGGAGGGGUGGGGGACCUCAGCCUUGGCGGGCCAGAUGUGGCCUUCCAGCUAUCUUCAUCCGGCCCAUGGAAGCCACAUUAUAGCCCACACUCUACCUAACAGCGAAAGUUUCAUUCUGCCCCAAAUUUGCAAAUUUCUUUUAAUAUCUUCCCAGGUUUUUAAAUAAUUAUCUUUAUACAGAUCUGUACUAUUUGCUGUUAACCAUACACCUAAAUACUUAACCUUCUUUUCAAUCUUCAGACCUGACACAUCUUGUAAUUUAUUUUUAGUCUCAUCGUUCAUCUCCCGCCUUUUUUUCUUUUUACCAAGAGUUUGGUUUUAAAAACUAAUCAAUUUGAGUCGUGCGACUCAAAUCCGCAUCUAAAGGUAAAGGGACCCCUGAACAUUAGGUCCAUUCGCGAACGACUCUGGGGUUGCGGCGCUCAUCUCGCUUUAUUGGCCUAGGGAGCUGGCGUACAGCUUCCGGGUCAUGUGGCCAGCAUGACUAAGCCGCUUCUGGCAAACCAGAGCAGCGCACGGAAACGCCGUUUACCUUCCCGCUGGAGCGGUACCUAUUUAUCUACUUGCACUUUGAUGUUUCGAGCUGCUAGGUUGGCAGGAGCUGGGAUUGAGCAAUGGGAGCUCACCCUGUCAUGGGGAUUCGAACUGUGACCUUCUGAUUGGCAAGCCCUAGGCUCUGUGAUUUCACCCACAGUGCCACCUGCAUCUACUCAGCCCAAUUUUUGUAAAGCAAUGUGAACACAGUUUGCUUCUGGGGCCCCUUCAGGAUUAGGGGCCUUGGAGCUUAAGCUUCAGUAAUUUCAUAGUCGAUCCGCCCCUGGUGGAAACAAUUUCAAACCCAAUCCUGAUUGGAGUAAAACAGAUCUCUGCUUAGGAGACAUUUUGAAAUAAGAAAGCCUUCAACAGGCACCAAAAAGAUGAUAGAGGGUGGUGCCUGCCUGAUAAAUAUAUUGAGAGGGAGUUUCAUAAAGUGGGGACUGCCACGCUAAAGACCUGAUCCUGACAGUUUGUGGAAUGGACUUGCUGAAGAUGGUAUCUGUAGGAGGCCCUCUCCUGCAGCGUGCAGUGAUCAGUCAGGUAUAUAAGGGGUGAGACAGUAUUUCAGGUUUCUUAGUCCUAAAUUGGAUAGCAGUCGUGGGGAACCUUUGGCCCUGUGGGUGUUGCUGGACUACCAACUCCCACCAGCCCAGCAAGCAUGGCCAAUGGCCAGGGAUGAUGGGAGCUGGAGUCCAGCCAUGUCUGGAGGGCUUUGUCUGCCAGCACUUUGAACUAUAUUUGUCAAAUGGUUUUAUAAUACAGACAACUCUCACUGGAACAAAUUAAGGCACCCUGUUCAGGGAAGUUUUUAAUGUUUGAUGUUUUAUUCUGUUUUUAAUCUGUUGGGAGCCGCCCAGAUUGGCUGGGGAAACCCAGCCAAAUGGGUCGAGUAUAAAUAAAUAAAUUAUUGUUAUUAUUAUUUUAUUAGUAUACAUCUCAGAAAGACCUGUAGUUGUUAUAAAGGCCAUAGAUCGAAUGCCCUGAAGAGUCACCCUCUGACAAGUGCAAUCUUUCCCAGGAUAAUACUUAUUUAUUUAUUUAUUUAUUUAUACAUACAUACAUACAUACAUACAUACAUACCCCUCCCAUCUGGCUGAGUUUCCCCAGCCACUCUGGGUGGCUCCCAACAGAAGAUUAAUAAAAAAGCAAUAAAACAUCAAACAUUAAAAACUUCCCUAAACAGGGCUGCCUUCAGAUGUCUUCUAAAAGUCAGAUAGCUGUUUAUUUCCUUGACAUCUGGCGACAGGGCGUUCCAAAGGGAUGGCACCACUACCAAGAAGGCCCUCUGCCUGGUUCCCUGCAACCUCACUUCUCACAGUGAGGGAACUACCAGAAGGCCCUCGGUGCUGGACCUCAGUGUCUGGGCAGAAUGAUGGGGUGGAGAUGCUCCUUCAGGUAUACUGGACUGAGGCCGUUUAGGGCUGUAAAGGUCAACACCAACACUUUGAAUUGUGCUUGGAAACAUACUGGGAGCCAAUGAAGGUCUUUCAUGACCGGUGUUAUAUGGUCUCAGCGGCCACUCCCAGUCACCAGUCUAGCUGCCACAUUCUGGAUUAGUUGUUGUUUCUGGGUCACCUUCAAAGGUAGCCCCACGUAGAGCGCAUGGCAGUAGUCCAAGCGAGAGAUAACCAGAGCAUGCACCACUCUGGGGUGACAGUCUGUAAGCAGGGAGGGUCUCAGCCUGCGUACCAGAUGGAGCUGGUAAACAGCUGCCCUGGACACAGAAUUGACCUGCGCCUCCAUGGAAAGCUGUGAGUCCAAAAUGACUCCCAGGCUGCGCACCUGGUCCUUCAGGGGCACGAUUACCCCAUUCAGGAGCAACUGCCCAUAUAUGUUCUUUCUAUAGGCCAGCAAGGGUGGUUUUAAUAUGCAAAUGCAGAAACUCUCCGGAGAUUAUUUACUUUAGUGAAUAAUCCAUACUGUGACUUGCAGGGAUUUUUUUUCCAAUUUGCAUUUGUAAUUUGGACCCUCACAUCCCACAUCUCCAAUAUGAAUCCCACUCUCUUUCUUAAAGAUCGUUGGGGGGGCUGCCUCCCUCGGCCACCCACGACUCGAGAGCAGCAGGUGGAGAAAUUGUGAGCCUCUGGCACAGAUGCCACAGCAUCUCAUAGAACAUUGUUGCUCAAACUUUUUGAUAUGGUACACUGGCAGUUCUGCCCCCACCCUCUUGAUAUGCCAGGGACAGGUACCAUCACUAGUCUGUGAAGCGUCCCACCCAACCUGGGCUGUGGAUAAACUACAGUUCCCAUGAGUCUUUGAGGGUGGGAAGGGAGCCAUGACUGUUAAUAUGCUACAAAUGUGCUUUAAAUGUAUGGUGUGGGUGUGACCCAAAAUAAAUGAGUAAACCUCCAUUCAGGUGGCUGAGGUCUAAAGUGGCCUUCUCAAUACCGUUUUGUUCUGUCUCCUGCAGAAAUAUGUUUCCUUCCAACCUCAUCGAGGCUUCAUUCCAGCAGGUGAGCCCUUGAUAUAGUUCUCUUCCCAGCCCUUGCAUGCAGAUCAAGCCGUCCAGCCAGCCCAGGGACAGCCUCUCUCUGCUCUCAGAUCCUACUCAUAGGCACAUUCAGAAGCUCUUGAGACCUCAGGAUACGCUGACCCCAACCUGCUGGCCCAAGACAUUUUGGCACCCGAGGCGGUUUCCAAAAUAGUUCCUCCCAAUGCCAGGGAAGGAGAAGGGGUGAGGGAAUAUCUACAUCAGGAGCAAGGGGGAAAGAAAUAUCUACAGUGGUACCUCGCAAGACGAAUGCCUCGCAAGACAAAAAACUCGCUAGACGAAAGGGUUUUUUGUUUUUUGAGCUGCUUUGCAAGAAGAUUUUCCCUAUGGGCUUGCUUCGCAAGAUGGAAACGUCUUGCACGUUUGUUUCCUUUUUCUUAACACUGUUAAUACAGUUGCGACUUGACUUCGAGGAGCAACUCAUAGAACGCAGUGUGGUAGCCUUUUUUGAGGUUUUUAAAGACUUUGGUGAUUUUUGAAGCUUUUCCAAAACUUUCCCGACACCGUGCUUCGCAAGACGAAAAAAAUCGCAAGACGACAAAACUCGCGGAACGAAUUAAUUUCGUCUUGCGAGGCACCACUGUAUAUUGGAAUCUGCUGCCCCUGUGGAUAAUAUUUAUUUAUACAUACAUACAUACAUACAUACAUAGAUACAUACAUACAUACCCUGCCCAUCUGGCUGGGUUUCCCCAGCCACUCUGGGCGGCUUCCAACAAAGUAUUAAACACAGUGAUUCAUCAAAUAUUAAAAGCUUCCCUAAGCAGGGCUGCCUUCAGAUGUCUUCUAAAAGUCAGAUAGUUGUUUAUUUCCUUGAUAUCUGGUGGGAGGGGGUUCCACAGGGCAGGUGCCACUACUGAGUAGGCCCUCUGCCUGGUUCCCUGUAACUUGGCUUCUCGCAGCGAGGGAACCGCCAGAAGGCCCUCGGCACUGGAGCCUGCCACCUUGAGGCACUUGCCUCACCUUGCCUCAUAGGUGGGCUGGCCCUGUGUUUGUGAGAUGCAAAGGUGUUCCCCUAACACGCAUAUUUUUGACAAGCCAUCCCCCCUGGCAUUCUUGCAUGUUAUUUCCACUAAUAUAUGCACUUUAGUAUAUUCAUGUUUGUAAUUGACUGGAGAACUGUAUUGCAAAAUUCAGAGAAGUGUGAAUUUGUAGGAUGGCUGUUGUUUCGGUUUGCAUAUCAUUUCAGAAAGUGUGAAUUUGGCUGAUUAAUCGGAUUUCUCUCCUCCCCCCAGCAAAAAACACACAGGGCCCCUCCAGAUAUCUGUUUUAUUGCGCUUUCAUGAUGAUUUCUGCUCAUGGUGGUAUUGACAAUCCCACUUGCACUGCCAUUUCCCCUGCAAAAGUCCCAGGGCAGUCUGACUGCUUCCUCUGUAACUGAUGCAAGUCCUGUAGUUUCCUUUUAAAGCCCUAUAGCUUUCAAUACCGCGAAUGCUUCGAUGGCGAGGGAGCAAAUCCUUUGGUGGAGAGGGAGGUUGUUCUGCUUUUGUUGAGCUGUCCCACGAGAGCUUCCCUCCAGAUCGCAAUAACGAUGCAUCACAGAACAACUAAUAAAGCAAAAGGAUGUGUGGUCAGUCCACAAUCCAUAACUGACCGCUAAUGCACAAUUUGCCUCUUGCAGAAUGCACCAGCAAAGGGGGGGGGGGGACCCUCUUAAGCUCUUUAUUUCCCUUAGCGAGCCAGGAGGGUUGUGUUCUCACCCAUCCAUACCAGGUACUAUGAGCUGAAAAGACUCCAUGGUCUCAGCACCAUGGAUAGCGCCAGUGAAAGGUGGAGGUGGACUGAGACCAUCAGAGCUUGGAUGGCCUCCAGUCAGGGAUUCUUUAGCUGUGAUUCCUGCAUUGCAGGGGGUUGGACUGGAUCAGGGACGUCCAACUUCCAAGAGACUGCGAUCUGGUCCCCACGAUCGACCGGUAGAUGGCGAUCGACCUGUUGGACAGCCCUGGACUAGAUGACUCUGAAGUUUUAUGAAGCCUCAGUCACAUCCACACUGGGGUGAUUUCAACAAUCUCCUCUGAAUGAAACUUCGUUGAAUACCACCUCGUACAUUUAAAGCACAUGGCUUACCCAAAACCACCCUGGGAACUGUAGGUUGUUAAGGGUGCUGGGAAUGGUAGUUUGAUGAGGGGCAAAUGACCGUUCCCAGGAUACUUUGGGGGGAAGCCACGAACUUUAAAUAUGUGGUGUGGAUAUAGCCUACCUUAUUGGCCUGAAUAUAAGCCACCCCCACAAAUAAACUGCACCUUUAAAAUUGGGAGGGGGGGAGAAAAAAGACAAUACCCGGGCUACUUCCUGGGGGGGAGCUGCACAGCUAUGCUGGUGGCGUAAGGUCGUGAAUAUAAGCCACACUUUAACUUUUCACUGUCGGAAUUUGGGGGGAAAGGGUGGCUUAUAUGAGGGCCAAUACAGUAUAUGGCUUACAUGAACCCUCCUUUUCUAUUUAUUUUUAAGCUUGAAAAAAUAAAGAAAAGACAGUGUGCAGAAAUAAAACAUCUGACAUCAAGCACUUUUUAACAUAAAGAUUAGAAGAAAAUAGAUAAAGAGGAAAGAAAAAGACAAAAACUUCUGGUUCUCUGUCUACCAGCUUUAAAAACUUACGGAAAAUUCUUACUUCAUAAUAGCAUUCAGUUCUCCACUUUCCAUAAACCAACCUUUCUUUUUUCAGUCUUCAAACCCUGACAACACAAGUUCAUUUUCCUUGUUGUGUGGGGAGUUUUCAGUUGUUAAUAAAUAUCAACAGUGAUUUUUCUCAAAUUAAACACGUCAACUUUGCCAUCUCAGCUAAAUCUAUCAUUUUAAUAACUGUUGUCCAUAGUAGGUAAUAAUAAGUCCUUCCAUCUUUGUGCAUAUAACGGUCUUGUGGCUGUGAUCAGAUAUUGCAGUAAUCGUCCAUAUUCUUAGUUGUAUAUUCAGGAACCCCCAGCAGAGAAAGCUAUGAGCCCUCCUUUUCUAAGAUUUAAAACAAAGCAGCCCAACCCAAAUUGUGUAAAAAACCAUUUCUCCAGGAUCCACCCAUCUUUCACUGCCAUCUGACAUUUUGCUUCUAGUACCGAACAGUUCUUCUGCCCGUGGUGAAGUCAUCUGGGAUCCCAAAGAAAUCCACAAAGUCACUAAGUUUCAUCUACUUUGUGCCGGAUGCUGAGAACUCAGAGAUCCAGAGGCCGGUGCUCCUUGAGAUCACGCCAGCGCCAGAAAUGACCUACCGGACCCUCCCUGGCAGCAAUAACGAGAUGAACGUGCUAGGAAUAGUUAUCUUCUCAGCCACAAUCGGUAUGCAUAUCAAAUCCCAACGUGGGGGCGGGCGUUCCCCCCAAUGUGUGCAAACAGAUGGAUUUGGUGAAGUCAGGAUUUGGAGACAUCAUUUUCUCUCUGCACAAAAAGGAAUUCUUUGGGUGGCUCAGGUUUUGGGGUUGCGUGCAGUAUAGCACUAAGUUAAAGUGAGCUAAAGUACAAGGGACACGGGUGGCGCUGUGGGUUAAACCACAGAGCCUAGGACUUGCCGAUCAGAAGGUCAGCGGUUUGAAUCCCCAUGACGGGGUGAGCUCCCGUUGCUCGGUCCCUGCUCCUGCCAACCUAGCAGUUCGAAAGCACGUCAAGUGCAAGUAGAUAAAUAGGUACCACUCCAGCGGGAAGGUAAACGGCGUUUCCGUGUGCUGUUCUGGUUCGCCAGAAGUGGUUUUGUCAUGCUGACCACAUGACCCGGAAGCUGUACGCCGGCUCCCUCGGCCAAUAAAGCGAGAUGAGCGCCGCAACCCCAGAGUCAGUCACGACUGGACCUAAUGGUCAGGGGUCCCAUUACCUUUACCUUUAAAGUACACUUGCUCUGCUGGCAAAACACUUUGUGCCAGAGGAACGUUGUCAUGCAAGAGAAUGCAUAAGAAGGAUGCUGGUAACUUGGUUGCACAAUAGGUUGCACAAUCUGUCGCCCAGUGAAUUUCCACUAGUGCAACUGCUGUACGAGAUUCCUCUUGUGCACAGCAUGAGAACUCACUUAUCUACUAGAACAAAAGCCCUUUGUAUUUCUAAGAUGUCUUGAUUUUAAGAAACAAAAUUAAAAAAUUCCUUCCAGUAGCACCUUAGAGACCAACUAAGUUUGUUAUUGGUAUGAGCUUACAUGUGCAUGCACACUUCUUCAGAUACACGAAAGCUCAUACCAAUAACAAACUUAGUUGGUCUCUAAGGUGCUACUGGAAGGAAUUUUUUAAUUUUGUUUCGACUACAGCCGACCAACACGGCUACCUACCUGUAACUUGAUUUUAAGAAGGUUUUGUUAAUGCACAUUUCCCCCUGCCCCAAAGUCAACAAUUUUAUACAUGCUCUCAUUCAUUAAUAAUGUAAAAAAGGGGAAGAAAGAACAUCACAAGAUUGAUAGCGCAUGUUAGCAUAGAUUUUCAUCAUGGUAAUUCCUAUUCCAGUAAGAGGCAUUCAACAGUGGAAUGGACAACUUUGGAAGGUGGAGGACUCUCCUUCACUGGAGGUUUUUAAGCAUAGAAGAAGAGUUUGGAUGUGAUAUCCCGCUUUAUCACUACCCAAAGGAGUCUCAAAGCGGCUAACAUUCUCCUUUCCCUUCCUCCCCCACAAGAAACACUCUGUGAGCUGAGUGGGACUGAGAGACUUCAGAGAAGUGUGACUAGCCCAAGGUCACCCAGCAGCUGCAGGUGGAGGAGCGGGGAAGUGAACCCGGUUCCCCAGAUUACGAGUCCACCGCUCUUAACCACUACACCACACUGGCUGGAUGGCUGUCUGCCAGGGAUUCUUUAGCUGUGAUUCCUGCAUUGCAGGGGGUUGGACUAGAUAAUCCUUGAGGUCCCUUCCAACUCUAAAGUUCUAUGACUAUGGAAUUAGCAAACUGAAUUUAACAUUCGCAAGUUGUCCUGCUACGAUUGGUGCACAAAAUAUAAACAUACGUACAGUGGUACCUUGGUUCUCAAACGCCUUGGGUACUCAAACAACUUGGAACCCAAACACUGCAAACCCGUAAGUGAGUGUUCUGCUUUGCGAACGUUUUUCAGAAGUCGAACGUGCUCCGUUUUGAGUGUUACGCUUCCGAUUUGAGUGCCACACUUCCAUUUUGAGUGCUACGCUGAGAUCUGUCUGUUUUUCCUACUUAUUUUGCAUUUUUGCUGCUCUUUGGUUUUUGUGACUGUGUGGAAUCCAGUUCAGCUAUUGAUUGAUUGAUUGAUUGAUUGAUUGAUUGUGUGACUGCAGAACAUUGUUUAUUGCUUUCAUUUUAUGGAUCAAUGGUCUCGUUAGAUAGUAAAAUUCAUGUUAAAUUGCUGUUUUAGGGGUUGUUUUUAAAAGUCUGCAACGGAUUAAUCCAUUUUGCAUCACUUUCUGUGGGAAAUAAUAAUAAUAAAUAAUAAAGUGUGCCUUGGUUUUGGAACGCUUUGGUUUUGGAACAGACUUCCGGAACGGAUUAAGUUUGAAAACCAAGUUACCACUGCACAUGCUACUAAGCAGAUAAAAUUUCAAGCGCAAUUAGAAUUUUAAAAAACCCAUACAAUUUAAAACAUGGGGCAUGAUUGUGGCGGUUGCUAAGAAUUUUGCAGACUCUGCUGCCUGCAGCUAGAUCUGCAAAGAGAAAAGGCACAUAAUAAUUGGCUGAAUUGUCCUAGCUGGAACUUAAACAAGAAAGGAACAUCUUGCCUUACACCCCUUGAAGAUGAGAUCGUGCUUCUUAUUGUUUACUUUUAUUGAUUACAUUAGCAUCCCACCUUCCCUUCAAAGAGCUCAAGGUAGUGCACUCUCUCCUUAUAUUAUCCUCACAACAGCCCUGUGGGGCAGGUUAGGCUGGGAGACUGGCCGGCCUGAGAGUCACACACGAGUUUCAUGUCUGGGGGGGGGGGGAGAUUUGAACCCUGCUCUCCCAGGUCCUAGUCCAACAUGCAGACCACUACACCACGCUGGCUCACACCAGUUGGUAAAGGACUCUGUCCAAUGCCAGGCCUACUCAGAGUAGUCCCAUUGAAGUUAACUGGGCAUGGCUAAGUUGGCUUCAUUCAUUUCAUUGUGUCUGCCCUGAGUAGGGCUGGCAUUGCUUACAACCCACUGCAACUGCGAGUAAAGUUGGACACUGCAUUGCACAUUGUUAUUACUAUGCAAGUGGGACCUUCAUUUAUACACCAGCAACUGUUUGUCGGCAGGCCUCCUUUUGGGGAAGAUGGGCGAGCGAGGGGCUCCUCUGGUGAACGUCUGCCAGUGCCUGAAUGAGGCAGUAAUGAAGAUUGUGGCCAUGGCAGUCUGGUAAGUCAAAUGCCACCCUGGUGGGCCAGCAAUUCAGGCAGAGAUGGGGAAGCUUUUUGGCUUCAUGGGCCAGGUCCUUUUCCAGGCUCAAAUUUGACAGCUACAUGUGUGUCUUGCCUUUUUAGUUUCUAAAACCUGGUGGCAAGGCCUGCCUCUUUCUUUUACUGAUGUGAGACACUUUGGGAGCCAAUAAUUGUCUGAAAAGCGAGAUUAUAAUAUUUAUAGUUUGGUUUAACGGUCCUAAAAGACCUUCAUUGGCUCCCAGUAUGUUUCCAAGCACAAUUCAAAGUGUUGGUGCUGACCUUUAAAGCCUUAAAUGGCUUCGUUCCUGUAUACCUAAAGGAACUUCUCCAUCCUCAUCGCUCAGCCUGGACACUGAGGUCCACUUCCAAGGGCCUUCUGGCGGUUCCCUUCCUGCAAGAAAUGAAGUCACAGGGAACCAGGCAGAAGGCCUUCUUGGUAGUUGUGCUCACCCUAUGGAAUCCCCUCCUAUCAGAUGUCAGAGAUAAAUAACUAUACAAUCUUCUGUAGGCAUCUGAAGGCAGACCAGUAUCAGGAAGUUUUUAAUGCGUUAUGGUUUGUUGUAUCUUUGUAUAUUUGUUGGAAGCCACCCAGAGUGGCUGGGGGCAACCCAGUCAGAUGGGCAGGGUACCAAAAACAAUGAUGAUGUUGAUGAUGAAGUUCACUGCGUAAGUUUCAAAACUUCCGAAGUCGUUCCAGUUGCUGAGCGAAUACAGUGGUACCUCGGGUUACAUACGCUUCAGGUUACAGACUCCACUAACCCAGAAAUAGUACCUCGGGUUAAGAACUUUGCUUCAGGAUGAGAACAGAAAUUGUGCUCCGGCAGCACAGCAGUAGCGGGAGGCCCCAUUAGCUAAAGUGGUGCUUCAGGUUAAGAACAGUUUCAGGAUAAGAACGGACCUCCGGAACAAAUUAAGUUCUUAAUCCGAGGUACCACUGUAGAACAUGAACUAAAUUUGUUUCGGAGUACAGUAGAAUGAUUUCUAGCUCACAUUCAAGCUCAUUCCCUUACAUUUUGCUUUGUUUACGCUGUAGGCUCUCUGGGCCUUUAAAUUUAAAUUGUUGGGGGAAAUAAACGAAGCAGUUCACAUUCCUCUGUGUGUGUGCUUUGAUGCCCUCGCCACAGGCUCCACCGGUCCUGAGCUUGCCCGUUUUGUGCUGUUUCAGGUACUUCCCGUUCGGCAUCGUCUUCUUGAUAGCCGGGAAGAUCUUGGAGAUGGAAGACCCCUCCACGAUUGGGAAGAAGCUCGGCCUCUAUGCCAUGACUGUCGUGACUGGCUUGGCCAUCCAUGGCCUCUGCUUCCUGCCUCUGCUGUUUGUGCUCAUCACCAAGAAGAACCCUUUCUCCUUCAUCCGGGGGAUCCUCCAAGCCCUGCUCAUUGCUCUGGCAACGUCAUCCAGGUAAGAAGUGCAGGAGACUCUUAAGGAGUAAUGUGGUGUCAGGGCUGGUCAACAGGUCAACAACACAAAUGGCAAAUCACCCGAGGCCAGUGAAGUUAAAUCUUUAUUCAAGGAAGCCAACCACAGAGCUCAGGCCUAGUGGUCUCAGCAACUCUUCCCAGGAGCUCUUGCCCCAAUGAAGCUGUUGCGUGGACUGAAGGUCCCCGCCUUCCCACCCCUCUCUCUAAGGCUUCUCCUCUCGAGGGUUUUCCCCAUGCAGUCUCAAACAGUGUCUGCACACAACUAACCUCUGUUCUGCUCUUUUCAUUUCUCUGCAUGUUCUGGGAGACCAGAGAGGGAGGGAGCCGGUUGCUGCAGGAGGAGCAGAUUCCCUGGGUUCUUCUUGCUGACCCUGAAAUAAUCCUUGGAACUUCAGUUUACCCCUUGCAAAGCUAUCAUUCCCAGCACCCUUUAAAAACUACAAUUCCCAGGAUUCCGGGGGGGACGGGACACACACACGCCAUGUGUGUAUGGUGUACGCACAGCUGGUUUUAAAAUACUGUUUGCCCCUUCUUGGGUGGGCGGCUUUGCGGAUGGGCCCUGGGUCUCCUCUGGGAACCAGCCUAUUGCAAGCCAGAUCGUCCUCCUGCCAACAGAUUUGCCAACGGCAGUAGGGAUCAGAGGGUGGGCGCAGAGCCAACUGACCAGUAGUAGCGCUUGGCCCCACGCCCAGUGCAAGGAAAAAUUCCCAGCUUGCGGGGCCUUUCGGCCUCUCUCUCACUGAAAGGCGGAUAGGCGUUGGGUAAGCCUAGUCUUGGUUGGAGCGAGGGGUUUGUAGCCUCCUCCUGCCCCUCCAUGGGUAAGGAUAUCCUGUUAAAAGGAUCCAGAAGGAGUGGCUCCUGUCCGAUGCCCAGGCGGGGGCUAGGGCUAUACCGCUCCCCCAAUGGGGACCACCUAGGGGACGCCCCGAUUUGAUGUAGGUCAUCGGGCGUCCGUCCUCCCACUGGCUUCACCCUUAAUAACACCUCCAGCAGACGAUCAGGAGUGACAUACGCAGUUGCUUGCCACAACGCCUAUGGCCAAACCUUCACAGCCGUAACCAAUAACUUUGUGGCCUUAUUUGAUCCCAAACCAAUAUGCCUAGUGUUGUCUAGUUAGUUGCACCUUAGGGAACAGGGAGGUUACAGGGCCUCCCUACGGAAACACCUGUGUCUUGCUAACUAGCAUGGCUUUUCCCUCACAGCUCAGCCACGCUGCCCAUCACCCUGAAGUGUCUUUUAGAAAACAACGGGAUUGACAGGCGGAUAGCCAGGUUUGUCCUCCCGGUCGGGGCAACCAUCAACAUGGACGGGACUGCGCUUUAUGAGGCAGUGGCAGCCAUAUUUAUCGCGCAGGUCAACGAAUACGACCUGGACUUUGGGCAGAUCAUAACCAUCAGGUAAAUCCACUUCCUUCUUUCAUAUCCCCCCUCUGGCCUUUGUAACUGAAGCAGAUGCUAGAAAGAAAGAAAGAAAGAAAGAAAGAAAGAAAGAAAGAAAGAAAGAAAGAAAGUUUAGACAUUGUGACUGAGACCAUGCACUUUUCAUGACAAGUGUCGAGAAAAGGCAAGAGUGUGGCUUUCUUGCCAUACAGUGGUGCCUCACAAGACGAAAUUAAUUCGUUUUGCGAGUUUUUUCGUCUUGCGAUUUUUUUCGUCUUGCGAACCACGGUUUCCCAAAGUCUUCAAAAUCACCAAAGUCUUCAGAAACCUCAAAAAAGGCUACCACACCGCGUGCUAUGAGUUGCUCCUCGAAGUCACCCUGGGUAUUAACGGUUUUAAGAAAAAGGAAACAAACUUGCAAGACGUUUUCGUUUUUUUCGUUUUUCGUCUUGCGAAGCAAGCCCAUAGGGAAAUUCGUCUUGCGAAGCAACUCAAAAAAUGAAAAACUCUUUCGUCUUGCGCGUUUUUCGUCUUGCGAGGUACCACUGUAUUUGUUAUGUUUUGCCAGUCUUCUUUAUUUUAUAUGGUGAUGACCCAGUGCUUAGAAAGUUCUUUUUUAAAAAAAGAAAAAAAGACCUAACUCAAGUUCAUCCUUUCAAAAAAUGAACUACGUUGUUCCUGUUAACAGUUCGUCCUUUUACAAAGCAAGAUAGUUUAGUUCAAGUUAAUCCAAAUGAACUUUCUCAGGUUAGAAAAAAAUCCAUCCUUGCCCCCUUCUCCCCCAAAAAAUGUUCCAAUGUGUAGUAUAAAAUAAUAAUGUUCCAGUGUGCGGUAUAAAAUAUAGCUAGGUAGACUGAGAAAACAUGAAAUGUGAAUGGCUUCGUUUAUUUUCGCAAUCUUUAAGCUUAAAGGCCCAAAGAAUCUAAAGCAGAAAAAACGUGUAAGAGGACUAUGAAAACCUCAAAAUGCACACACAAUAGAAUAUGAAUUGCUGAUUCCCCACAACACUUACAAUCUUGUUCUGAACUUCAACUUCAACUAGAAAUCAUGUGAAGUUCUGCCAGAAGAUGAACUUAAUUCACCUUUAGUUUGCUUGGCAAAAUUUGAUGUGUCGAUAAAUGUUGAAACUGAUGAACCUGUAGCCAGUUAAAACCAGGGUCCAGGCAGCUAGUGUUUGUUGAUGGCUGUAUUGCCCACCAGUAUUAGAGACUGCAGGCCUCUGAAUGCCCAUUCCUGGAGUUUGCAGAUGGGAGACAUUGUUCUUGGGCCUUACAAGCCGGGUGGCUACCGUGAGAACUAAUGGGCCUUUGCCCUGAGGCAGCAGACCGGUUUUUAUGGACCUUUCUAGUGGCUUAGGCCCAGGGCCAGCCCAAGAAAAUUUUGGCACCUAAGUCAGACCCCAAAAUGGCAUCCCCUCCCCUGCCACCCUGCCAGGGAAAAAGGGGUGAGGGAAGAUCUACAUCAGGAACAAGUAAGGGAAAGAAAGAUUAACACCGGGAACUCCUGCCCCAGCAGAUCCUGCCGCCUGAGGCAGUCAACUCGCCUUGUCUCUUAGGUGGGCCGGCCCUGAAUAACAAUCUACAUUGAGAUCUGCUGCCCCUGAGGAUUCUGCCGCCUGAGGCAGUCUCAGCUUGCCUCUUGGGUGGGCCGGCCCUGCUUAGGCCAGCUGCUGCCUUUCAGACUUAACUUCCCCCCAAUGCCACCUGUAAAAUGGGGGCAAUACUACUUGGACAGUUUAGCUGUAAGGAUUGCUGAGAUGAUGCAGAAAGCACUAAGUGGAAAUCACCGGGGGCUACUGAAAGUUUCUGACCAUUCGUCUAUAUCAGUGAUGGCCAAACUCGGCCCUCCAGCUAUUUUUGGGACUACAAUUCCCACCAUCCCUGACCACUGGUCCUGUUAGCUAGGGAUGAUGGGAGUUGUAGUCCCAAAACACCUAGAGGGCCAAGUUUGGCCAUCACCAGUCUAUAUGGCAUCUGCAAUGGUUGGGAAAGCCGCCCUGUCCCCAAAGCAACAGCACUCUGCGUCUCCUCUUUUUGCAGCAUCACAGCCACAGCAGCAAGCAUCGGGGCAGCCGGGAUCCCCCAGUCGGGCCUUGUUACGAUGGUCAUCGUGUUGACCUCUGUCGGCCUCCCCACGGAAGACAUCACCCUGAUCAUCGCUGUUGACUGGGCCUUGUGAGUUGCUCUUUACUCCAUUGGUGUGUCAUGUUUGGAUACAGAUUGAUUAGACAAAUCCAUGGGGGAGAGGGCUGUCGAUGGCUACUAGCCACAAAGGCUACGCUCGGCCUUUACGGCUGGGAGGCAGCAACGCUUCCAAAUACUGUAUUUUUUGCUCUAUAAGACUCACUUUUUCCCUCCUAAAAAGUAAGGGGAAAUGUGUCUGCGCCUUAUGGAGCGAAUGCAGGCUGCGCAGCUAUCCCAGAAGCCAGAACAGCAAGAGGGAUUGCUGCUUUCACUGCGCAGCGAUCCCUCUUGCUGUUCUGGCUUCUGAGAUUCAGAAUAUUUUUUUUCUGGUUUUCCUCCUCCAAAAACUAGGUGCAUCUUGUGGUCUGGUGCGUCUUAUAGAGUGAAAAAUAUAGUACCUGUCAGGGGUUCAGGAGCAGAGGCACAGGAAAGGGAGGAAAUAGAGAGCGAGGGGGAGGAGUCCGAAGGAAAUGUUAGCGAUGACAGCGGUCCGAGGUCUCUGAGUCUUUCCAGCGAAUCGGAAGAUUCACAGAAAGGGGCUCCCUUGGUCAGAGCAAGGGGGUGCCGAGGGGGACACCCCAGGAAGAAGGGGCCAGAGGGGACUCAGAGAGCAGCAGUUGGAAAUCAGGACCAGCGUCCACACCAGAGUGCAGUAGGGGGGAGGAGUCCCAGGCAUCGGGAUCAGGCGGCGCACUGCCAGUGGGAGGACAUGAGUCAGGAUUGGCCACGCCUCCAUCGGGGAGCGAGGAAACGGUCGAGAGGAAGAUUGAAGGCUGGGCGCGCGCGCAAGUUCAAAUGUACAGGAGGGCGGCGCAGUUGGCAGCCCGGAUAGGGAGCCAGGUCCCAAAGCCCGCCGAAAAGAGGGGGAGGAGUCAGGGGGGGUCAGCGUCAGAAGAAUCCAGGAAGGAAGGGACCCCGGGGGGUAGCAGGACCCAGAGGAGAAAGGAGAGACGUAAGAGGUGGAGUAAGGCUAGAAUCUUAAACUGGUGUACAGGGGCGGAGACUCAGAUGGAGCUUCGCCGAUCUAACCCCUAGACGUAGAGCUGGGGCGCUCCGGCUUGAAAAUGGAAACUGUACUUCAAUAAAGACUUUUGUACAUUACUGCCGGCUAGCGUUGGUCCUCUGUGAGCUGGGACCUGGAGCCAGCUCUGACAGUAAGCUCCAUCUCAAAAAUUUUGCACCAAAAACCUCGUAACGUGAGUGGACGCAGCGAGGAAGAAGAUUGGUGCUUCGCGAGCUCACAAAAGUCAGGCAAGAUGACUACAGAACAGCAACUAGCAGCCCUGCAAAAUGCAGUGACACAACUCAACGCGGAGGUACUCGCAUCCAGGAAAAGGGAAGAGGAAGCGGCUGCCGCCUGCAGGGAUCUCCAAGCCAGGUUGGAAGUGCUUGCUAAGCAGGGGCAACCGGGACCCAAAUCAGAGGGGAUUGGGCUGGGGAAAAGAGGAGGCAGCCUGGUAUCUCAUUUCGAUGGGAAUUUGCAGCAGUACCCUAACUUCCGAGCAGACGUGCUGUUUGCGCUGGAACUGCUGGAUAAAGACUUUAGAGAUGAGCAAGAGAAGGUGGGGUUUAUCUUGUCCCAUUUGCAUGGGGAAGCUAAAGCGUGGCUGCGCAAUCUGUGGAGAGAUAAGGAUCCGGCGCUCCAAAAUGCGGAUGCAUUCAUUAAAGCGAUGGAUUCGUGUUUUUAUCAAAUAUAGACAUUGAUAUCGCCAGAAAAGACAUACAUGGGCUCAAACAAGGCAGAGCCAGUGUAAGGCAGUACCAUUCCCGCUUUUUGCAUUAGUCCAUGCGCUGGGAUGGGAGAAGGAUUCUGCCCCAGCCAGAGACCUUUUUUUGGGAAGGCUUGAAUGCAAAUGUGAAAGAUGAGAUUGCAAGGGGGGAGAGACCAAAGAGCACUCAGGAGGUUGUCCGGAGGGCGCUGCAAAUUGGGGUGCGUCUGGAAGAACGUCCAUGGAACAGAGAAGAAGGACGUUGGGGACGUACGCCAGUGAGAGCACCUCCCCUCUUUCCCAAGGAUACAGCGCGUGUGCAAUCCCCACCUCCGCAAGGAGGGGGAGAGCAACCGAUGGAGAUUGGAGGCGCCAGGGCUCAGUCAGCAACCAGAGCCUUACCACCGGGAGCAGUCAAAGCGAAGCCUCCUAGAGGGAACAGGAAGUGCUACAUCUGCGACAGUGCUCAGCACAUGGCGAAAGAGUGUCCCCAGAGGCUCCACAAGCACACUGCAGCCUCAGCAACAGUAACAGAAGCAACUCAGCAGAGAGAACCACAGCAGGGAAACGACAGAGUCUGGUUGGAGGAAGAGGCACUGGGGCCCAACCAGACAAGUCACUGAAGCCGUCCCCAGAGAUUUUGCAGCCCACAGACCCCCUCCCGCCCAAACCAGUGGUGCAGCUCACAGCAUCGCUCCAACUACCCAAUGGACUCACUAUGGAAGUGCCGAUUACCAUUGACUCUGGUAGUAACGCAGACUUCAUAGGACUGGAUUUCCUUCAAGAGCACAACAUAGCACUCCUGCCAGCCACGCUGCCUCUGAAGGUUGUCACGGUGGAUGGCAGGGAAUUGCUGGGGGGGCAGGUGGUGCAGCAAACGCCUCCGAUGGUGAUGCAAAUUGGGAAUCACCGAGAAGUCAUCAGCUUCAAUGUCACCCAACUGUCGGACACGCCUAUAGUAUUAGGCAUGAGUUGGCUGCACAGGCACAGCCCAGCAUUGGCGUGGUACCAGCGACAACUGACCUUCGGCUCCUCAUACUGUGCGGAACAUUGCAUUCUGCCUAGCCCGGAAGGGGAAGAGGAUGAUCCGCAGCUACAAUUAGGCACGCUGCAAGCAGUGCCACUCAAGUACGCAGCGUUUUUGGAGGUUUUCUGCGAGAAGGAAGCGGACAAGCUACCUCCCCACAGGUCUUAUGACUGCAAGAUUGACCUCCUGCCAGGGGCGACGCUGCCAACCGGGAAACUGUAUUCCAUGUCUGAAGACGAGCUGCAGGAACUCAGGGAGUUCAUAGACCUCAACUUGAAGCGCGGUUUCAUCCGGGAGUCGAAGGCAGUGGGGGGCAGUCCUGUAUUCUUUGUGAAGAAGAAGGACACGCCCCAAAAAGGCUUGUGGUGGACUAUAGAAUUUUGAACUCGAAAACCAAGCCCACAGCCUUUCCCAUGCCCAAGAUAGAUGACCUGCUCGCAACGGUGAGGAAAGGACGCGUUUUCACAAAGUUGGAUCUGCGAGGGCGUACAACCUGAUUCGCAUACGGGAGGGCGACGAAUGGAAGACUGCCAUGUUCACGCCCCUGGGCACCUAUGAAUACAGAGUUAUGCCCUUUGGAUUACAAAAUGGCUCCCACUGUUUUCAAGCCUUCAUGCAUCACGUAUUGGCGGGUCUCCUCUACAAGAAAUGCGUCUGCUUCCUGGACGACAUCCUGAUAUUUUCAGAAUCAGAGGAGACCCACGAGGGAGACGUCAAGGAAGUUCUGCAGAGACUGCAGGAGCACAGGCUGUACGCCAAGCUGGAGAAGUGCCAGUUCGACAUGAAGGAGGUAGAUUUCCUGGGCUACAAGUUGUCGGACAAGGGGCUCGCCAUGGACAGCGCCAAGGUUCGCUCAGUGUUGGACUGGAAGAGCCCGCGCAAUCGGAAGGAGGUCCAGCGGUUUGUCGGUUUCGCCAACUUUUACCGCAAGUUCAUCAAGGGGUUCGCGAUGCAGACGGCGGCCAUUACCGACACGCUCAGCUCCAAGAAGAAGAAGUUCAUCUGGACGGAGCAAGCGGAGCAGUCCUUUCAGAAACUCAAGCGUCUCUUCUCGUCCGAAGAGCAGCUACUGCAUGUGAAUCCCAGCAGACCGAUGAGGGUUGAAACGGACGCCUCAGACAGAGCCGUGGGAGCAGUACUGUUGCAGCAAGACCCGCAUGGGGACUGGAGACCGUGUGCCUUCUACUCCAGGAAGCUCAGCAAGUCAGAGCAGAACUACACCAUCUGGGACAGGGAGUUGCUGGCCAUUCAUGCAGCAUUCAAGGCGUGGCGGCACUUCCUCAUUGGAGCCAAACACACAGUGCAGGUCCGCACGGACCAUAAAAACCUGGAGUACUGGCGCACGGCAAGGUUCCUGAACCAGAGGCACAUACGAUGGGCGGAGUUCUUUGCGGAUUUCGACUUCAGGAUAGAGUACAUCCCAGGCGACAACAACAUCAUGGCGGAUGCACUGUCCAGAAAGCCGCAAUACCUCGAGGAGGCGGCACCAGCAGCGGCCAAGCACAUUUUCGCACCGAAAGCGUGGGCGUGCGCUUCAGCAACCGUGGACCUGGAUGCUGUACGUCGAGCACUGCAGGAGGACCCCUUCGCGCAAGCAAAGAUGGCAGAGGUGCAAAGGGGCACGGCGGAGGACGACGAGUUCCAGAUACGCGACGGAUUGCUCAUCCGCAGAGGGGCCCUCUACGUACCGGGAGACGACCUCCGCGCGAAAGUACUGCAGCAGUUGCACGACGCACCCACCGCCGGGCACUUUGGCAAAGAGAAGACGGUAGAAUUAGUAGCCAGAGAUUUUUUGGUGGCCCAAGAUGCGGGGGGAAGUCGCGGAUUACGUCUCGAGGUGCGACACCUGCCAAAGGGCCAAGUCAGUGCACAAACCGCCGGCGGGACUGCUCGAACCCCUGCAGACACCGCUCGAACCGUGGGAGAGGGUGGCCCUGGACUUUGUCACGGAUCUACCCAGCUCGAGGGGCAAGACGGCGGUGCUAGUGGUGGUGGACAUGUUCACCAAAAUGGCCCACUUCAUUCCGUGCGCGAAGGUGGCCACGGCGGAACAGACCGCCAAACUGUUCAUAGACCACGUGUUCAGAGUUCACGGUCUGCCACGGUCUAUCCUGUCCGACCGGGGCCGACAGUUUAUCUCGAACUUCUGGCAGAAGCUGAUGGGUUUCCUGAACGUCAAGAUCAACCUAGCGUCGGCGAGACACCCGCAGACGAACGGACAAGCGGAGCGAGUCAACGCCAUCAUGCAGCAGUACCUGCGAUGCUACGCAAAUCAGCAGCCGGCAACAUGGGUGGACUACCUGCCGCUCGCUGAGUUCGCCUACAACAACACGAAGCACGUGUCCACGGGGGUGACACCGUUCUUCGCCAACAACGGGAGGCAUCCCAGAACCUUCCCGGGAUUAGCGAGAGCGGGGGAGGGGAGCCACAGGCAGCGGAAGCCUUAGCAUCAGAGUUGCAGGAGGUUCACGAACAGCUUCGGAGGCAGUUAGAACUAGCAAAGCACGCAUACAAACUGCAGGCUGACAAGCACAGGAGGGUUGGGGAAGACAUACAGGUGGGAGACUGGGUUUGGUUAGCAGCCCAGGCAGUGCCGGCCAGAUCGUUAGCGAAGAAGAAGCUAGGGCAUAAGCAGCUAGGACCCUACCAAGUCGAGGCACAGGUCAAUCCAGUGGCCUUCCGGUUGACACUGCCGGAGGGAUCCAGAAUGCACCCAGUUUUCCAUAGAUCAGUGCUCACGCCCUACAAAGCACCUCAUAGAUUUCAGGAGCCAGGAACGGCACCAGACCCGUUCAGGGAAACGCCCACAAGGGGGGGGGUCGCCAAGGCGGGAACCCGUCAACGAAGUCACAGAGAUUUUAGACUCGAGAUGGGGGAGGAGGGAGUGGAAUACCUCCUCGCCAAGGAAGGUACCCCGGCUAGCGCCAACAGUUGGGUGCCAGAUUAUGCUCUGGAGGAAUCUUGGCUCAAGGACGAGUUCCAUGCACUUUUCCCACACAGGCCCAUGCCAGCCGAGUAUUUCGACGACUGGCUUUUCACACCCACAUUUUCAGCUAGCACAUUCCAGGGGUUCACCUCGGACGAGGAACCGGCACUAGAAGCACGUUCCCCGGAGGGAUCACCCUCGGGGUCUGCCUCAGACCGUUCCUAUUGGUGGGACACUCAACCAGAGGAGCAGUGGCGCAGGAAGUGGUUGGGGGGUCCUUGGCAGGCAACGUCCCCGGAGGAGACCGGGGGAGAGACGGACAUGGACGUGUUGGGGGAGGACCUUGGGUUCGAGCACGGCGGCAAAGAGAUGGAAGCAGAGGAAAUUGAGGUCGGCGAGAGCACGGAGGACGAGCCGGACUUAUCCGGCUGGAUGCACGCCACGGGGACGAACUGUAUCCGGCACUCACCCCCACAACGACGGAGCACCCAGUACCCACACCUGAAGGAGGGGAGGGGGAAGGGGGGCUUCGAGGGGGAUGGAUGUCAGGGGUUCAGGAGCAGAGGCACAGGAAAGGGAGGAAAUAGAGAGCGAGGGGGGGGAGUCCGAAGGAAAUGUUAGCGAUGACAGCGGUCCGAGGUCUCUGAGUCUUUCCAGCGAAUCGGAAGAUUCACAGAAAGGGGCUCCCUUGGUCAGAGCAAGGGGGUGCCGAGGGGACACCCCAGGAAGAAGGGGCCAGAGGGGACUCAGAGAGCAGCAGUUGGAAAUCAGGACCAGCGUCCACACCAGAGUGCAGUAGGGGGGAGGAGUCCCAGGCAUCGGGAUCAGGCGGCGCACUGCCAGUGGGAGGACAUGAGUCAGGAUUGGCCACGCCUCCAUCGGGGAGCGAGGAAACGGUCGAGAGGAAGAUUGAAGGCUGGGCGCGCGCGCCAAGUUCAAAUGUACAGGAGGGCGGCGCAGUGGGCAGCCCGGAUAGGGAGCCAGGUCCCAAAGCCUGCCGAAAAGAGGGGAGGAGUCAGGGGGUCAGCGUCAGAAGAAUCCAGGAAGGAAGGGACCCGGGGGUAGCAGGACCCAGAGGAGAAAGGAGAGACGUAAGAGGUGGAGUAAGGCUAGAAUCUUAAACUGGUGUACAGGGGCGGAGACUCAGAUGGAGCUUCGCCGAUCUAACCCCUAGACGUAGAGCUGGGGCGCUCCGGCUUGAAAAUGGAAACUGUACUUCAAUAAAGACUUUUGUACAUUACUGCCGGCUAGCGUUGGUCCUCUGUGAGCUGGGACCUGGAGCCAGCUCUGACAGUACCAGUUGCUGGAAACGACAGGAGGGGAAAGUGCUCCUGUGCUCACGUUCUACUUGCGGGUUUCCCUCAGACAUCUGGUUGGCCGCUGUGAGAAAAGGAUGCUGGACUAGAUAGGCCAUUGGCCUCAUCCCACAGGCUCUUACUCAUCAUAAUCGUUAAUAAUUGGCUUAUUUAUAUGCCAAAUUUUUAACAAAACUCUCUUGUGUUUCCUCUUGGCCUUUUCCCUGGCAGCACUGCGGGGGGGGGGCAUCUUAUGUCCCUGUCAAGGUAGUAUUUUAAGGCUCCUGAGCAGCGCAUCGUUUGUAAGAUUUCCUCCCGAAGGGUGUGUGUGUGUGUGUGUGUGUGUGAGAGAGAGAGAGAGAGAGGCUAGGGCCACCUUCAAUUAGACAAAGAGUGAACGCAAUUUGGGUUGCAGCCAAAGCCUUGGGUUACAGACGCUUCAGGUUACAGAUGCUUCAGAUUACAGACUCCGCUAACCCAGAAAUAGUACCUUGGGUUAAGAACUUUGCUUCAGGAUGAGAACAGAAAUUGUGCUCCGGCGGCGCAGUGGGAGGCCCCAUUAGCUAAAGUGGUGCUUCAGCUUAAGAACAGACCACCAGAACGAAUUAGGUACUUAACCCGAGGUACCGCUGUAGUCUUAAGGCUAUAUCUGAGAUUGUACAGUCAUACCUCGGGUUACAGACGCUUCAGGUUGUGUUUUUCGGGUUACGGAUCGCCGAAGCCCGAAAGUACCGGAACGGGUUACUUCCAGGUUUCGGUGGUCGCGCAUGCGCAGAAGCACUAAAUUGCGCAGAAGCGCCGAAUCGCAACCCGCACAUGUGCAGACGCAGGUUGCGAACGCUGCGGGUUGCGAACAUGCAUCCCGCACAAAUCCACUGUAUUGCUAAUAGGGGAAAUUGGCAAAGCCACAUGCCCACAAGUUUACAAAAAACCCUAGAGUUGGCAGGGUGAAUGAGCUGGCUUCAUUUAAUGUCCUGCUGCAGCCUUUCCAAACUUGGGUCCCCAGAUGUUUGACUACAACUCCCAUCAUCCCCAGCUAACAGGACCAGUGCUCUGGGAUGAUGGGAGUUGUAGUCCAACAACAUCUUGGGGCUCAAGCUUGAGAAAGGCUGUGUCCUACCGUAUAAAAACUGAACCCUAAAAAGCUGGGAUGGAGUUGCAUUCUCUUGUCAUUCCUGUUGCAUGCUGAAGACAUGCACCUUUACUCUGACUGUUGACACUUGAGAUAUACAUUUUUAGGCUCCACCCCCUUACUGUGAUUGCAGCUUGCUUUAAACUGUUUUCAAUAUUGCAUUUCAAAUUGUUGUGGCGCAACCUGGGGCCUCAAGGUGAAGGCCAGGUAAUAAAUCAGAAUAAGCACAGUAAUCACAACUCAACCAAGGAAAAAGAGCAAAAGAGAGAUGGGAUUGUACCCAGUGUUAGUCCUACGGAGAGGAGACCCACUGGUUUUAAUGAGCAUGAUGGACUGCAGGCCAUUGCUUGCAAUGUGUCUGCUCUGUGAAUAGAACACACAGUCCCAGGAAGGGCUGAGUUUUUCAGAGCUAAGGGCAGUUGCAAGUUUGAUCCCCAUAUGGGACAACUGCAUAUCCCUACAUUGCAGGGAGUUGGACUUAAUGAUCUGCAGGGUCCCUUCCAACUCCACAAUUCUGCGAUUCUAUGAUCGCUCACCCAUUUGGAAAACAGCUUCAGAUGGAAAAUUGCAGGUGGUCCUCUUUGAAGAGGGGUAGGCAACCUAAGGCCCAGGGGCCGGAUGCGGCCCAAUUGCCUUCUCAAUCCGGCCUGCGGACGGUCCGGGAAUCAGCGUGUUUUUACAUGAAUAGAAUGUGUCCUUUUAUUUAAAAUGCAUUUCUGGGUUAUUUGUGGGGCCUGCCUGGUGUUUUUUACAUGAGUAGAAUGUGUGCUUUUAUUUAAAAUGCAUCUCUGGGUUAUUUGUGGGGCAUAGGAAUUCAUUCAUCCCCCCUUCAAAAUAUAGUCCGGCCCCCCACAAGGUCUGAGGGACAGUGGACCUGCCCCCUGCUGACCCCUGUCUUUGAACAUAAAGCUGCGGAGAAAUGGGAAGGGCAACCUGACUGACCAUCUGAACCUCUUCUUUGAACUGGUUUCCAACCCCGUUCUGUUUGUCCCCCACAUCAUCUAGGGACCGGUUACGCACAAUGACCAACGUCUUGGGAGAUGCGCUGGCAGCAGGAAUCAUAGCCCACGUCUGUCGGAAAGAUUUUGCUCCGAAACCAGGCAAAGUAUGUGUGGGUGUCACUUGAGAAGCGGUUACAGUGGUACAUCGGGUUACGAACAUUUCAGGUUACAAACUCCGCUAACCCGGAAGUAUAGUACCUCGGGUUAAGAACUUUGCCCCAGGAUGAGAACAGAAAUUGCGUGCUGGCGGCAGCGGGAGGCCCCAUUAGCUAAAUAGAUACCUCAGGUUAAGAAUGGUUUCAGGUUAAGAACGUACCUCCAGAACGACUUAAGUUCGUAACUAGAGGUACCACUGUACAUCCAAACAUAUCAGAAAGUCAGUUAAGGAGUCAGGUGAGAGGGAGGGGUAAGGAAGGACAAAUCGAUCAGGUUUGUUUUUCAAAAAUUCUCAUUUUUUCCAAUCUUAAACUCAGUUCUCCACAUUUCCACAAUAAUUUGCGAUUUGCUUAAAAAGUCCUCAUGGCCGUUCGUCAGCUUCUUAGCGCAAAACAUACUUUUAAAAAACAGGGUUUUGACUAAUAAAAGUUUUUGCAGAAUGAUUUCCCCCAGUUUUGUAUGAUAUUUUCACAAAGAUGUGCAUUUAUAUGCACGCGUUGCCUUUGUUUGUACAUUUCUGUACCGAUUACUUGGCUGAAGGAGUGCAGAAUUUUAAAGGACGUCUGCAUUUCGGUUUGCACAUUGUUUCGAAAGAUAAAGAUUUGGCUUGUACGCUUUAAAAAUGUGGACUGAAUUGAAUUCAGAGCUGGUUCAUCUCAGCACCUGCAUUUUGCUUCCCACUUCCCUGCAGGAUCCCGAGAGCAACGAAGAAAAACCAGCCUUGAGGGGGACAUCUGCCUCCAACGACCACGUGAUGGAAGUGAUCGGAGAGGUUUUAGCGGAGCAAAAAAACUACAACAUCUGUCAGGUGUGAUACCUGCAGCCCACCUGCUCCUGGGAAGGGAAGGCAGGUCAGUGCGAAGAAGGUGCCUGUUGCAGCGGCUUGACCCUCUGAGUGUCCCACCGGACAAGGGCCUCAUCGCGCACAAACACAGCAGAGAUAGAUGCACUGUGAAGAAGAAGCACGGAACGACACAAAAGUGCCACGGCGUGAAGACCUCCUCUUGCACGGAUAAGAGCAUGAGAAAAGCCUGCUGGGCCAGGCUAGCGGCCCGUCUAGUCUCACAGCAGCCAGCCAGAUUCCUGUGGGAAGCCAGCAAACAGGAUUUCCUAUUUCCCAGCCUAUUAGGAGAAGUCAGGGUUGAACCCGAGACCUUUGUGCAUGCGAAGCAAGACGCUCUGCCGCUCAGCAACGGACCUUCCCCUGCAGAUGCCCAACUUAGAAGUCCGUCAGCAGGAAAGAAGCGCAGUAAGACUGCUUGCCCCACCCCACCUCAAGCAUUUGGCCUGGGACAUGGGCCUUCCAUGAAGAAGACGUAAAAGGAGCCAUCCAUCUAUUGCAGCAUCCUUUUUUCACAGCGGCGGUGGUCCAUCUAUUGCAGCAUCCUUUUUUCACAGCGGCCAACCAGACACCCGCGGGGAAAUCCGCAAGUGGGAUUCAAGCAUGAGAGCAACCUUCCCCUCCUGUGUUUCCCAGCAACGCUCAUUCAAAAGCAUAGCCGUUUCCAAGUGUGGCAGCAGUAGCCUUAGAUAGCCCUCUCCUCCAUGAAUUUCUCGAAAUCCUCUUUUAAAGCCACAGAGGUUUUUGGCCAUCGCUGCCUCCUAUGACAGCAGGUUUCAUAGUUUAACAAUGCACCCUUUAAAGGAUAAAGGGUGUAAGGAAGCCUGUUGACAACUGCUUUCAGCUCUGCCCAGACACAAACAGACAGACAGCAGGAUGGAAUUUCCCCAAGUCACAUCUUGCUAGCAUCUCUAACUAGGCACUGUGGUCUAAACCACUGAGCCUCUUCGGCUUGCCGAUCAGAAGGUCGGCGGUUCGAAUCCCCACAACACGGUGAACUCCCAUUGCUCCGUCCCAGUUCCUGCCAGCCUAGCAGUUCAAAAGCACAUCAAAGUGCAAGUAGAUAAAUAGGUACUGCUCCCGCGCGAAGGUAAACGGCGUUUCCGUGCGCUCUGGUUUCCGUCACGGUGUCCUGUUGCGCCAGAAGUGGUUUAGUCCUGCUGGCCGCAUAACCCAGAAAGCUGUCUGCAGACAAACACCGGCUCCCUCAGCGUGAAAGCGAGAUGAGCGCCGCAACCCCAUAGUCGCCUUUGACUGGACUUAACCGUCCAGGGGUCCUUUACCUUUUACUAGGUUAUAAUUUCUGUAGGAUAAAAGAGACCAAGUGCUUAUCUAGCUAAGGAGGUUUGGAAGUCACAUUGACAUUAAAAGGUUGCGGCUGCUAUUAUAUAAUGUAAGAGGCUCAGGAAGCUCUCAGGGCCUUGUCUAUUCCCCGUGUUCAUGUUUUCUUUUUCCUUGGAACUUUUAAUUUUUAAGAAGUUAGAUCUGAGCAAAACUGAGGGCCCCUUUGGGACACAGGGAGUAAUCCAGAGCAGUUCGUUGGCAAAAACGUCUAAUACUUAGUGAGUCUAUGGAAUGAGCCAGUUGUGUGGCCCCCGCCUCCACCUGUGUAAGGAGAUAAAAGGAAGAGUGAAAAAGCUGGGCUUUUGCUGCUUCGGGACAAAAAUGUACAUUAAAAACCUGCAUGCGGGCCAUGCAAAGGGAGAGGGGAAUUGUACAAAGAAGCUUUUGAAACAAAAUAAAAUGUUUUUUUCAAAUG